UGUAAUUUGUAAGCCAGGCAAGUAAGUACAUCCUGAUUAAGUUUUUCUAAAAGUGUUUCAUUUUAACUUUACAACGCAAAAUGAUUACCCAUACCAGCGUUAUGCGCACCUGUAAUGCGUGCAGGCAUCACCUGUGACCCUGUGGCCUGUGCACUUGCAGCUUUUACCUACAUAUAUAUGUACAAUAUAUGUACUGCACUUGCUUCUACGAUUUAAACCUGGACAGUUGUCAGGAAUAUUGAUUAUUGCAUUCACGAAGGAGAAAUCAACCGGGAUGCGUGAUCCAGUUUCCAGUGAACCCUCUGUAAUGCGUUAAUCUUGUUUCUUGGUUGGGUUGAUCAACGGCCAUAAUAACAUGGUACCGGAGAAAUUUAUUUGAAAGUGGCUUACCAAAACACUAGCUGUUGAAUAGCAGUGACUCGCUGCUUUGGGAUUCUUAUACUUACUAUUCUUCGAAUCGGAUCUGCUAGAUUCUUUCAGAUAGUUUACAGUGUUUACUGUUAUACGAUUCCCAGUGUCAUAGUGUGUAUCCACUAUUCAGUCUCCAAGGUGUUCUCCAGUUGCUGGUGUUCUGAUUGCAAUUGUUACAACUUGUCGUUGUUGGGGGGUUGCGGAGACAUCUCUGUGUGGUGGUUCUGGCUCAUGUUUUGUUGAAUCGGAUUUCGAUUCUCAUUUUUUAUGCUGUGCCUGACAGCUGAAUUCGGAAUAACAAUUUCAUUAAUCAACUGUCCACGGAAAACGCGAAGAUAUGCAUAUUAGUUCAUUUGGUGGAGCUUCUGUAGUAUAGUGUUACGGACGGGACUGUCUGGACUUCACAAAUAAUCACAAUGUGAUUGUUUGGUCAAAAUCAUGGGACAAAUCAUCAGCUGGCAGGAUUUUUCGCUUGAUUCGCGCCAUUACUGAACCGGUGUGAUUUGUUAGUAUUCAGAAUGUCGCAGCUAUCGAGAACAAUGGAUGAUAUCAAUCUGGCUGAAGUGGAAGAGAUGGCACGUGGAUCUGGUCCGAGACCACCGUCUGAUCGUCAGCUCCAUUUGAAUAUGCUGCGGAAGAAGAUCCAGCAGCAGCGCAGCAUGGUGACCAAAUUAUCCAGGGAUGAUUUGGAAAAUCAGCACUUACAUCUUUUGGAGGAGCUAGAAAUUUUGAAAAAAGAUUCAAACACCAAAGAUUUGUAUAUCAAGAGGCUAUCCACAAAAAUUCUGAGGCUGCAGAAGAGCGAGAAUCUGUUUCAUGAUGAAGGAAAUAAAACGCUGAAUGGAUCUUUGCGCCUUGAGAUGGAGCAAAAAAUCAGAAGUCUGGAAAAUCAAUUAAAAACUGCCAAAGUGUACGGAACAUCACUUGCUGGCAGAAGAGGAUCUCGCACACCGGAACCAAGUAUGCCGGCUUCCAACAAAGGUCAAAUCGACAUUUUACGGAAUCAGAUUCAGGCACUAGAAGUACAGCUGAAGGAGGAACAGGAACACCACGCCCAAAAUGUCACAGAAUUACAAAACGAAAUUCAGCUACUGAAGCAGAAAUCUGCAAACGAUAACGCCCGCUCAGUAAUGUUAGAUAACAUGGAAGUGACACGAUUGACCAGAGAAUUAUCGAAAUCUUCCCAAGAACUGCAACUGCUGAGAAGUGACUACAAUGAGAUUAAGCCGAAGUUUGAAGAGCUGCAGAUCAACAAAAUCAUCCUUACAAGGGAAAAUGAGCGGUUAAAAUGGGAAGUGGAACGCCAUGUUCAGAACGUGGACAGUGUAGAACGACAGCUGCGGGAAGCGCGUGAGAAGUCAUUACAAGGCAUACAAGAUCAGGAACGAAUAGCCAGAAUGGAAAACGAGUUGACCCGGUUAAGGCGUCUGGAAACGGCACCCUCUGUCUAAUCGUGCCGAGAACAGCCAAAUGCUCCACGGAACAAGGUUACUGAAGACGUGCUACAGGAGCAGAUAAAAAAUUUGGAAUCGGAACUCGAUAAGGAAUACAAAGAAAGUCAAGCACUGCGGAAGCGUCUGACGGAUCGUGAGCAGGAAAUGGAGAAACUUCUUAAGGACAUUACGGAACUCCGUAGUGCUCAUGUUCUGUUAACGAAGGAGUGUGAGAAUCUGCGGAAUCGAGUGCAUGACGCUAUUGAACCACUAAAGGACACUGACGGCUGGUUUAAAAUUCCCCCUAAUUUGCGCAAAGAAGAAUUUGGCCAUGCCCUUCGCCUAUAUGAUUCCUUCCAGUCACGGCGUGAUGCUGGAACUGCUACAGAGCCGUUUACGGAACGGAUAUCCAAUGUGCCAGAUAAACAAUUGGCUACAGACGAAGUCGAUCUAAUGAAAGGAGAUCUGGAUCGCUUGAAUCGUGAACUAAGAGUCACAAAAGAAGAGCUGCGAAAAGCUCGAGAUAUUUUUAGUGCCGAAAAUAUGCAAAACCAACGAGCAUACAAUGACGUGCAAGUGGACAUUGAUCGGUCACGGACAGAAAUUGCCAGUCUUAAGCAAAACCUGGAAGAAAGCCAUCGUGAAUUAUCGAAGAAAUCAAAACUUGUUGAGGAAUUGCAGCGUCAGUUACGCGACAUUGCAGAAGGCAGCAUGGUGUACAAUUUGGAGGAAGAUUUGGUGGAUCAAAGUCGACUUAGUGCGGAUAAUAUUGUGCUGCAACAUGGGGAUAACCUGUUGCAGCUACACUUUGGGCCAUUCGCUUUUAAUCAAGAAUUCUUUGCCCAAGCUGAUGCCCUCCGGAUUUCUCGAUGGAGACUUAAGUGGAGCGUUUUUGGAGAGGAUAUGUUCGCACAGGAUUCAGAACAGUUACGACCGGAUUUCGAUUUCACAGCUGUGCACUGCAUUACAAUGGACGAACGCAUUAUGAAGGACAUUGCUGAAGGUUUUAUCCGCAUUGAACUUGUCGGCAUUCGGAAUGAUUUUUCAAGGGCCUUCGCUUUCGCUACAUUUAGCUGUCGCAAAUUCUUGACCGAAUCCAAUCUGAAACUGAAUCGAAUCCGUGGCGAGGUGCCACUGGUUAGUCAGUUCAAUAUCGGAAAGGAUUUCGGCAUUAUGGUAUAUUGGAUGCGGUUGAAAUUUGAUGUGCAAGAAACUCAGGCACUUUUCAAGGCUCGACAGAAAGCGUUGUCGUAUGUCGAGAGUAAGGCGAACGGAUUACCCGAUCCCGAUCAGCUUUGGCUGCAGGAACAAUCUUCACUGGCUAAUUUGCUGCACAUUGAAGUGAAUAACUGUCGCAGCGUGAAGGCCUCAACCGGUUCCUCACCUCCAAACCCGUGUGUGCUGUACCAGUUUUAUAAUGGAAAAACGACUUACACACCGACCAUCAUUUCCAGCGAGAAUCCCCGGUUUGAGCACCGUGCCACGUUUCGUGUUACCGAGGAUGAAGAUCUGCGACAUUAUCUUAUGCACAAAAAACUGGAUUUCUACGUAACCGAUACAAAGGAUUAUAAUGACGAUCAUUUCCUGGGCUAUUGCCAGAUCAGUUUGUCGGAAUUAACGGAGCAUCCCAUACUGGACCGCGAAUUGCAGCUUUUCGCUCAAAAUGAACAUCCCAACGGUACUAUUACGGUGUCGUUAUAUUGGGAACGACCAUAUGGAAAACACCAAGACAGCAACGGUUAUUCUGCAGCUCAUGUGCCUAACCUUUCCGCCCGGGUUAAUCGAGUCAGUCUCACCCCCAGAGGCAGUUUGGUUAGCGUGACACACAACGCAAAGUUGUUAAAGGUGGACAAGCCGAACGAGCCGCAUACGACUAGUCCAUCCCGUCAUCCUACCAUCGACAAAAGUGGUAUGCCGGCUCAGAAAACUGAAGAACCACAUCCUAUUCCGCGAAAGAGUAUCCGAAUUGACAUGCAAGCUAAUGCCGCAAUGCAGGCGGACUCACGAAAGGGAAAUGAUUACUUUUCGCCACCAUCAUCGUCCAAUCAUCGCACUGUCAAUCAUAUUAGUAGCGGCUUUGAGCAAACUAGGGUCACAUUGUGGAAAACGGAAAUGGACAUGCAGACAAAGCGAAAAACGAAUCCGGUCGUUCUCAGCGUGGAAAUUCGGUUGACAGUAUUUCCGAACCCCCAACUAACCGCAAUGGCGGAUCAGCCAGAAAGACAUCAUCGAACAACCCGAUUCCACAACGCAGGGAUAACCACUCAGAGGAAUCCCGCACGGCACUGCCGCACUCCGAUGUCACUCAAAAAUCGAAAGACGAAAUAUCGAAAUAAUGCCAGCCAACCUACGUCUGCCCGAAAUCUGGAGGCUCCUCGCCGCCCACCGCGAAGGAUACGGGAUACGCCUCGUUCGGAAGGCGCACUUUCUAGUCGCGGAAAUAUAAUAGGUUCGCCUACGGAAGGCAGCGGUGAUGCCACAGCACUGAUGAGCCCUGAUCACGUUCAGACUGUUCGAGCGGAACUGCACUCAGUGCCAAAUGGCGAUCUCACCCGAAAACCUUCCAAUGCUUCGAACGUCCGGCAAGCACAGAUGGGAACGAGUCCAAGGAAUAUCCCCGAAGAUAGCGUUGUGAUUAUUGUACAUUCGUUGUAUUUCAUACCGGGAGCCUCUGUCCUCAGUGAUGAUAGGCCUGGGGAAGUAUUUGUAGUGAUUCAGUUUUUAUCCGUGGAAUACGAGUCUCCUCUGGCUGUGAUCAAGCCGAACUUGCCUAACAAGGAUCUGACCUUUGAAUUUCAGAAAGUUUUCCCUAUGAAUUCCAAGACCCAUUCCGAGGAACGUAGACUGGUGUUUGAUAUGCUUAACUCCUCUCCAUCCGGACGUAUUCAGUUUAGUGUAUACUUGCAGUUAGAUGACGAGGAUUCGGAUUCUGAGUUGAUCGGUGUUGCCGCUCUGAGUCUAAACAGGCUAUUAAUAAAAGAGCAAGAUGCAAUCGAGGCCGAACUGAAGUUAAUAAAUCCAGCAGAUCGAGUGACCGUUGGAUAUGCUAAAGUUACCGUCCAUGCCGUUCAAGUGCUGCUUGAUAUUCGACAGGAGUAUAGACAGUCGGUGUGAUUUAUGAUCCCGGUUCCAGAAACGAAUUAUUGCUUAAUUUCGAUUACUGUACAAAGAAAUGAAUCUCGGUGGUUGAGUGCUGCUCUACGUGAACAUAACUGAUUUGUGAACUGUUUCUCAUUUUGAUCUUCUUAAAUACGCGGUUGUGCCGGCUUUUUUGUUUGUGAUCUUUGUCACCAAAAAAUGCUAA